AUGGUUGGCGAGAGACCGAAGCGUGUGAGUGCUACGGGACAACGUAAACAUCGAGUCGCUUCGGGAGCAGACGCGCGGAGCGGGAGAUGGAAAGGGGCGUGGCUGUACUACCCGGCCGUACCGUAUCGCCGCAGCGAGGUACAGCACUCGCACGGUUCAGUCUCUCGGCAACCGUCGGCGCAGCGGAAUGUCUACGCGUUCUCAGUUUCGUUCUAUUCGGUUGAGCUACUUCUUUUCAGUAGUGAUGUUCACUAUAGGGUUCUCGAUUGUCUCUCAGUGGUGUUGUGA